AUGGGAAGCGAAUCAGCUUCAGAUUUUGAUGCGGCGGUCGAGAGUCCAUCCGAAGAAGAAAUCAAAGAAGAUGGCGACGGGCGGGUCAGGAUGGGAGUGAAUCAGAGCGGUGAUGAUGGGAAAGUUGUCUGCAUUGCCGACCAAGGAGGGUUCGGGGGAAGGGAAGACGAGGUGUUGGUGGACGGGAAGGAUCGAAGGUGA